AUGGUCCACGUGGACAAAAUCAACCACAAGCUAACGGAAACACUUAAAGGGCUCCGAUCAGUCAUCCUCGUGGCCGGCUCAUACUACGCGGAAUCCUCGAACCGCACGUACUACAGCAAGGGCCGCGCGAUUUCCUCCCAGCCCAGCGGCAUUGCGGCGCUCAACAUCGUGCUGCGGAAUGUCGCAGAUUACAUCAAGUCGAAUGUCAUGCUCCUGCAGCCCUACGCGCUCUCCAUCCCGCCCGCGCACAUGCCCAACAUGUUCCAAUACGCCGACACCACGUGCGCGCUUUUCGCCGGGCCUUUAUCUACCACAGCUACUGACUUAGCCAAGGCUCGCAGCGGCGUUGUCGCGUGGACCAACGCGCAGAUCAACGCGUUAUCGAAAUCUCGCGUGAAGCUGCUUAAUAUCUUGUCGCUGUCGCUCUAUAGGGCGGAUGCACACGUGGGGACGUACCGACCGGAAGGUGGGUCGACGGAAAUGGACUGUGCUAAGUGGUGCUUGCCGGGGGUUCCAGACGUCUGGCUGGAUUUGUGGUACCACCAAGUCAGCGACCCGUUCAACCUCAAACCGUGA